AUGGCGCCGACUCGUUCUAGCGACUCGGCCCUUUCUAGGCCUGCGAGAAAGCAAAUAUCCUAUGCAGAGCUCGAAGAGAUCCGCCAUAGCGCUGAGCGCAUGGUCGGUGAGGGCAUGAUCUACAAUGUGUGGUACAAUAAGAUGUCAGGAGGUGACACUGGCCAUGGGUUCGAGUCUAAGACCAAGUCAAAGACCCGGUGUGAUAUCGCGCGCGAUUCCGGAUAUACACGCGCAGAUAUGCGGAUCCGUGCAAGCGCGGGUGGUGUAUCGGAUACCACCGAGGAAUGCAACUAUCUCCACCGCUUGCCGCGGCCUUACGAGGUAGCUGACCAAGGUACAGAUGUGUUUGGACGCGAGAAGCACGGCCAGUACCGCGACGAUAUGGGCGGUGUAGGCUCAAUGCUGCGAGUCAACAAGACGCUCUAUGUCGGGCGCAUCAACGAGGAGACGUCCCUGAGCUUCCGGCGUGCAUCCGCCAAUCCAAAAGACAACCAGGACGAUACUGGAAAGACACCCAUGUCAAGGAUUGUGCGGCGCCAUUUUAGCGAGUGGGGCGAAAUUGAACAUGGUACCGCCUUUGUCACGUACAAGUACGAGGCAAAUGCUCAGUUUGCGAAGGAAGCCAUGAUGCACCAGUCGCUGGACCAUGAUGAAAUCCUUAAUGUGCGAUGGGCGGCUGAAGACCCUCGCUCCGACGGCGAGGAGCGCGACGAGUUGGAGCGGCGGAAGCUGGCCGAAAAGCGCAUUGCAGACCAUGAAAAUGAGCGCCAGGAACUAGAGAAAGACUAUGAGGACCUGAAAAACGAUCCAAGCAUUGACUGGGAAGAGUAUGCACGGGCCAAGCGGCAACGGCUCGCCCUCUCGGACGAGGAAGCGAGGCGGCUUGACGAGGAAAACCAGCGUGGAUGGGAUGCAUACUAUGCCGAACAAAAGAAGGCAAGCACGGACAAGCCAGCGACGCUCCUCAAGUCGUCCCUCCUAAAUAACGAGGCGAUCACUUCCUUGCAACAGCUUCGCACGCAACCCACUACACCCAAGUCAUCGUCGGCCCUAGGCGGACUGGCAGCAUAUGCGAGCGAUAGCGACUAG